AUGGAAACCCAAAACAUAACUUUUUUAUCUUUCAUUCUUGCUGACAAUUCAUCUUUCAAUGAGACAUUUCAUGAAGAUAACUUUUCAAUCAGUUACAAUGAACCAAAUAAACGAGAUUCACUUUAUCUGUUGAUCCCGAUCACAUUGAUUUAUGUGAUAAUUUUCAUCAGUGGUUGUAUCGGAAAUAUUUCAACAUGCAUUGUGAUAGCAAAAAACAAGUCAAUGUAUUCAGCGACGAAUUACUAUUUAUUCAGUUUGGCUGUGUCAGAUUUCAUUCUCCUGGUUUCAGGCGCCCCAAUGGAGCUUUACUUCUACUGGUUUAAAGGACAAUUUAUAUUCGGCGAUGUCUUUUGUAUAGUUCGGAAUAUGAUAAAUGAAAUGGCAGCGAAUGCCACAGUUCUCACAAUAACGGCGUUUACUAUUGAACGUUAUGUGGCAAUAUGCCACCCUUUCCUAUCGCACACGAUUUCAAAGUUGUCGCGUGCUGUUAAAUAUAUUUUCCUGAUCUGGAUUUUGUCGAUAAGCUUUGCAACAUUACUAGCACUUCAAACAGGUGUACAAGUCUAUCCUGAAACUGGAGAAACACAUUGCAUGAUGAUUGAAGAACGAGCAAUUAUACCACACACAUUCUACAUCUCAACAGUUUUAUUCUUUUUUGCACCAAUGUCCCUGAUUACUGUGUUGUAUAUCUUAAUUGGAGUGAAAUUACGAUCAAGCACGAUGAUAACUCGAGAAAAUGGCAGUACAAUUCAAAGAAAUAAUAAUCUUAUAUCAAACAACAACCAGAAUACGAGCCAAAGCACGAAACGGGUCCUUAAAAUGCUAGUUGCUGUUGUUAUUUGCUUCUUUGUCAGUUGGUUUCCUUUUCAUGCUCAAAGAUUAGUCUACAAUUGGGCAAUGCAAAAUGAAAACCCGGCCGAACACGAGUUCUUAGCAAAGAUUUAUUUUUUUGUGACGUACUCAUCGGGGAUUUUAUAUUAUCUUUCAACUUGUAUUAAUCCAUUAUUGUACAAUAUUAUGAGCAACAAGUUUCGUCAAGCAUUCAAGGAAACACUUCAGAAAAAAUGUUGCACAUGCUCUUCACCGCAAACCCACCAUCAAAAGCGUCAAUACCGAAUUCUAUCGAGAGGAAAAAGACGCUAUGGUCAGCCUGAAUCCACAGAAUACUCGGGAUCAGGAAAAGACGACUACUCUUCUUCUACUCAAAAGCAAUCAGUCGACACUAUAACUACAUCACGUAACACGUCGCUAAAGCAUUAUAAGAUAAACAAAUCGUUCGAUACUUUUGCUAAAUCACCAUCAUUGUUCGCAAUGGGACCUUCCAAUGCACGUUUUUCUGAAAGUAUUGAAUCUACAAAUUGUCACACAUAUCUCACGACUAAAAUCACAAACUCUGAGAUAAACAUCUCGUCUGAAUGCAAUAUAAAUGAGAUCCAUUUGAAUAUUUUUCCGCCUUCUGCUACUUAUAUUAAAGAGCCGCCAAAUAUCUUUGGAUGUCAAUCUGAUGAGAAGUCCUUAGAUAGGAGCCAGAAUUAUGUCAACAUCGAUAUUAUUGUCUUGUUUUGGAAAAUAUCUCACUUAGCACGUUG